AAGAAGCCCAAAGGCGUGAGCAUUGCCCAAGGUUCACCCGAGAUAAUCGACCCGCAGUCCGUGAUUAAUCAGUAUAGAGAACGGUUGGCACGAGAUAUCGCACGCCGCGAAAUGGCCGUCCGAAAUCCUCAAUCUGCUACCCGGAGUCCACUGUCAGCUACCGAGAAGAAGCGCACAUCUCCUAUUCAUGAGGACUUAUCUCUUUCGCCACCGCCUGGCUCCGCGUCUAGCUCUGACAUACUCACAGCAUCGACAGAAUCGAAUAAGACCGUGCGCGGAGACAGCACUCCAGCCUUCACCCCAGGAUUAGCAGCCAGGACACCAUCAUACCCGUUUCCCCGAAUGAUCAGUACGCCUGCUCAUGGGCCAUCUGCGUUGCAGAGAGCCUUUCACAGCGGCUUCCUUGGCGCCACCGGCGGUCAGUUCGAAAACCCUGUAUUGCACGAUCAGCUUCGUUCGGAUCCUUCAACACCGGCCUCGACCAUGACUUUUCAGCCCACCGGUGCUGAGCCUUUGAUAAUGGACCGCGAUUUCCCCACACCCAAUCUUUACGAGUUAGCUUUGAUGCUUGGAGCUGAACCUGGACUCGAUGCUUGGUGGAGUACAGUGGUCCAAAUAAUGAAGCAAUGCUACAAAGCCGAGCGGGUGACACUUUCGGUGCCCGCUGAUGCUACAGAUCUGGAGAAUGUACCCUGGGGCCAGAAGGCUACUUACAACCCCAUGGAGGAAGAUGAAUUUAGCAUGAGCUACAUGGGAAGAAGCAGUAUGAUGCCGAGCACUGUGGACGAUGUGUCGGAGAUGGCAACCCCGUUGGACGGCUCCACCAGAGGUGAGGGUCCACUGCGACCUGGAAUGCAGAACCGACACUCCUUUACAUCCUAUGAGAACAAGAAGGAUACCAGGGCAGCCCAAGCAGCAGAAACUCCGAGCACAAUGCCACGAAGGCCCGCCGCCAUGCCACGCAGUAAAAGUUACUUCCCAACUACCGAGAAACGCGUGCCCAGUUCGCCUCGACCGGCGCUCAACAAGCAAGCGCUCGAAGAGCAUGAUGCUGUUGAGGAAGAACAGAGCAUUCCAAGUUGGGAGGCACCUCUAGUUUCACGACCCGAAGCCAAGGGCCGAGUGCUUCCGGUAUUGCAAGGACUGGAUCUCGAGGCCGAUCCCCUUAUUGAUCAUAAUGGUAUAAAGGGUGUAAUUGAGCGCGGUAAAGUUAUUGCCUUGACACGCACAUACCCUUAUCUUGAUGCUGCCGUGAACGAAAAAUCCAAAAAGAGGCCGAAGAGACCCUUCCGAGCUGAAUCGAGCGCCAAGUUAUCUUCGAUCCUAGGGAAUGCAACAGGGGCACAGCCCGCAAGCCGGGGUACAAAACCAGUUGGCAGCGAGCGAGUCUCCAAGCGCGCCAACUUACUAUCAGUGUUGGACGAUGAAGAACCGCGCCCUCCGACUCCAAGAUUCGAGGAGUAUGAACAAGCACCGCCGUCUCCAUGGUCUCAAUCUCCCGCACCUUCACCUGCUGUUCGAGCGGACCCUGCAGAGAAUCCCUUCUUCACAGAUGCAAUGGUGGACGAAGACUCAUUCAACCCGGGUCCUAGUCCGCAUGAUUAUACCAACAUGCAGCCUCCCGAAGCCAUUGGGGUUGAUAAUUCGUGGACUGUGCUUCAUAUCCCACUGAAACACAUAUUGCUCUCGAAGCCAGCUGGUAGUUUCAAACUCAAUUCGGCAGUCUUGGCACAAAAGUCAGCAUUCCGCGGUCGUCAGGAUGCGACAGCAGAGUCGGGCUAUCGUGAGCGCCCUUCAUCAUCUGACUCCUUUAGCGACAAUCGCCAGAGCCCUAUAGCCAUAUUGUCCAUCUCGAGUCCUCUUAUACCAUAUCCUUCGAAUUUGCGAUACUCCUUGGAUCAUCUCGCACCACAUCUUGCCACGUCAUUUUCAAUGUGUCGUCACUACACGAAUAUGGAAACUGAAGUUUCCGGAUUUCAAAGGAAGAGACCUGCCACAGUUGGGUUUGGUGCCCUUGGGCCCGAUGGACGCCCUCUCGCGGACCCUGUCUUGUAUGCCAAACUCAAAUUCGCGCCAACAGAACACCCGUCACAAAACUCCAUGACUGGAAGCAUAACAAGCCCCAGCGAUACGUCCGGCCCAGCAGCACGGAGCGCUGCUAAUUCCCCCGGCGGCUCAAUCAGCUGGGAUCCAAGCUCGUUCGGCUUGGUUGUGGAAAGGCGAACAACGAGCACAAGUCCUGGUAUGGUAGUUGCUGACGGGUAUUUCUCCGCCGCCGCUCAGUCAGGCAAUUCAGGUUAUGAUGCUCCACCACGCACUCCUGGUUAUCGCCCAGGACGAAGUUACAAAGAAUCGUCGUCCUUUUCUCUUGAAAAAUCACUACAUCACCACGGACAAAGUCUCCAGCCAGGUACCCCAGCUUGGACAACGGCAGAUGAUUCCGCAAGCGCCACAUAUACCCCAGAUGAGAGAGCACUUCCUAAUUCCUCAAACAGGCGAGCUGUAUCGAGAGAAGCCGGAUCAAAUGAUUUUGAAUCGAGUCCGGGGCAAGUCGGUCAGAAACAUACAAAAUUACACUCAUAUGGUGCUGAUUUCGCUACAACCUUCCAGUCGUUGCCAUCGGGCACUUACGUGAACCAGCCACCCACGCGAGAAGACAAGGUCAGCAUGCUACCUCCGUCAGAUCGACUCAAGGGGCUGAUGCUAGACUCUUUACCAGCCCAUGUGUUCGUGGCCCUACCUGGCACGGGUGAAAUAGUAUGGGUAAAUAGCAGGUAUCUCUCGUACAGAGGUCAAACUGUUGCUGAUCUCAUCGUGGAUCCUUGGGGCUCUGUUCAUCCCGAGGAUAGAGAUGGCUACAUCCAAAAGUGGACUCAUUCCCUCCGUACAGGCGAACAAUUUGCUUACACGGUCCGCCUUCGGCGUUUCGACGGUGUCUAUCGAUGGCAUCAAGCUCGUGCUAUUGCAUCGAAGGAUAAAAGGGGAAUCAUUGUUCAGUUCAUCGGCUCCUAUAUGGACAUCCACGAUCAAAAAAUCGCGGAGUUGGUGGCAGCUCGUCAGGAGGAGAUCGAAGCCUCUGAAGCUAAGCAUCGCCUGCUGGCCAAUCUGAUCCCUCAAAUCAUUUUUGCCGCUACCGAGGAAGAUGGGAUCACAUUUGCCAAUGAACAGUGGCUCUCGUAUACUGGACAAAGCUUUGAAGAUUCUCUCGGCUUAGGUUUCAUAGAUUUCGUUCACCCGGAAGAUCUGGCCAAAUGUAGGAUACCAUCAGAGAAGCAGGCAGCGAAAUCUCCGGAGCCUUUCACUCCAGGCAGGAUGGCUUCCGCUACGGCAACACCGACUCGGCUCGGCAGUUUAGGCGAAAUUUCGUCUCGCAAAUAUUCGAGCAGUGGCUCAAGCUCCUCUAUGCCCUCUUCGGAACUUGAGGAACUAGCAAAGAAAGGGGUUAUCAAAGUAGCGACAGAUAGCACCGGACGCCUCUCCUACACGACUGAGCUUCGGCUGAGGUCAAAGACAGGGGAGUAUCGCUGGCAUUUGAUCCGAUGCGUAGAGAUCAAUAAUAUCAAUUUCGGGACCGGCGAGAGCUCUUACUUUGGAUCGGCCACCGAUAUCAACGAUCACAAGCUUCUUGAAGCGAAACUCAAAGAAGCCAUGGAGGCAAAGGCACGCUUUCUCAGCAACAUGUCGCACGAGAUUCGAACGCCAUUGAUAGGCAUCUCGGGUAUGGUCAGUUUUCUGCAAGACUCGGUUCUAAAUGAAGAACAGAGAGAUUAUACGAAUACGAUACAGACAAGUGCCAACAGCUUACUGAUGAUUAUCAACGACAUUCUGGAUUUGUCGAAGGUCGACGCUGGAAUGAUGAAGCUGAACUUCGAAUGGUUCCAUACCCGCUCACUAAUUGAAGAUGUCAACGAACUUGUCUCUACAAUGGCGAUAGCCAAACGGCUUGAGCUCAACUACGUAGUUGAGCAGGAUGUGCCUUCGUGGGUCAAAGGCGACAAAGUCCGAAUUCGUCAAGUUCUACUCAAUGUGAUAGGCAACGCAAUCAAAUUCACCAGUCAAGGCGAGGUGUUCAGUCGAUGUCAGGUCAUAGAACGGCAGGAGCACGAUGACCACACUAUCAUGCUGGAAUUCUCCAUUACCGAUACUGGUCGCGGUUUCACGAAGGAAGAAUCUGAUCUUAUUUUCAAGCCCUUUAGUCAGAUUGACGGAAGCAGCACUCGUCAACAUGGUGGAAGUGGUCUCGGACUAGUGAUAUCACGACAACUGGUUGAACUUCACGGUGGGAAAAUGGACGGAAGUGCAGUUCCUGGCAAAGGCUCAACAUUCACGUUCACAGCGAAAUUCGGACUACCCACGGCAACAGAUUAUCCUGGUGUCCCCACAUCACCAGUCAGCGUGCCUCUUCUUAGGCAAACCACAUCCGAAGAAAGCUCGAGAUCAGGAUCAACGGUACGCCCAUUCUCUCCGCGAAAAGCUCCGGAAAUCCCAUCUAUUAGCAGUCCUGCAUCGGAUGCCAGCGUUGCCUCCCCCACAAUGAACUCUUCUGCGAGCUCUGAUCCAUCUGUCCGCUCAACGCAGACGCAAAAUACAUCUUCGUCGUCGGUUUCGUCGGUCAACGUUGGCCUUACCCCCUUCAGCGAAGCUGCCAAAGCAAGCGGUCAGGAGCUAUCGCAGAUGAGGCUUGAGAUGCCUUUAGGAGGGGUGACACCAAGCGAUACGCCAACUCCAGAUCUCCUGAAAUUCGCUGUAACGGCUGACCAGUUCCGACCUUCUAUGUACUCAAUUCUCAUCAUUUGCCCUCAGAAAUUCAGUCGGGAGGCCACAACCAAGCACAUUGAAAUUACUUUGCCGAAGGACGUGCCUCAUCAAAUCACAGCUGUGGCCUCUGUCAAGGAAGCGCAGAAGCUAAUAGGCGGUGAAGAGUCGGUGACAUUUACCCAUUUUGUUCUCAAUCUAACCUCAGCUGAAGAGGUCAUGAACAUGAUCGACCAGGUCAUGUCUUCGUCGAAUGGAAAAAUCUCGGUUCUCGUCCUUUCCGACUCUCACCAACGCCAGGCUGUGCUGAAGCUCGCUGCUGACAGCGACCACCAGAAGCUAUUUGCGCAGAAUCUAAUUACUUUCAUCUACAAACCGGUAAAGCCUUCACGGUUUGCUGCUGUGUUUGAUCCAGCAAAGUUGCGCGACUUGAGUAUAGAUCGCAACCGUUCAACGGCCGCACUCAUGGUGGAAUCUCAAAAGCAGAGCUACAUUGAGAUCGAAAAACGUAUUGGCAACAAGGGCUAUAGGGUACUCCUUGUUGAGGACAACCCGGUCAACCAAAAGGUGUUGAUUAGGUAUCUUAAAAAGGUUGGUAUCACUGCAGAGAUCGCCAAUGACGGCGUCGAAUGUACUGAGAAGGUGUUAUCGCAACCACCUGGUCAUUAUUCGCUCAUCCUGUGCGAUCUCCAUAUGCCUCGUAAGGACGGAUAUCAAGCGUGUCGAGAUAUUCGACAAUGGGAGAAGAGGAAUAACUACAAGAAAUUGCCAAUUAUAGCCUUGUCGGCUAACGUAAUGUCAGACGUUCAGGACAAAUGUGUUAAGGCUGGCUUCAGUGAUUAUGUCACGAAACCGGUUGACUUUGUCGAAUUGAGCACUGCCAUGUCCAGAUUCUUCUGA